AUGGGACGAUCACCACUAGGACUACUUGCUCCCCAUCGACUACACGCACGGUUACUGGCUGCUCGGUCACUCCUACCACAGCAACUGUUACAAAAGAGCCCACCUGCCGACCAAAGACCCCUACUGCCUGCACCACGAUACCAUACGGAACAAGGAACUAUAACGACUUCGACAACUUGUUCCCCAUCAACGACAAGAACUCUCACUGGCUGUUCGGUCACUCCAACAACGACAACUAUAACCAGAGAAGCUACAUGUCGCCCACGGACUACGACGGCUGCACCAACAACCCUAUCAACUACAACAAAGCCGCCUACCUCCACAAUCUCGUCGACAACUACAACUAACAGACCCCCAACAGCAACGACAACUACAGGGACAACUACAACUACCCCUCCAACCCCAACAAUAAACCACGCCAACCUCCCGCCCUUCCCAACAAACACCCCCCCAGACGAUGGCGGUAAAGUCCUCUGCUUCCGAGACCACAACGCCUCAGGCCACUACGGCAACUUUUCCGCCGCACUAGCAGGCUCACUAACAAACACUCUCUGCGUCGAACCCGAAACCGCCGACCUUAUACUCUCCCCAAACGACUCCGAGCGCAUCGAAGUGAGUCCCGACGGCGAGGUCCAAGCCUGGGUACGUUGGGCCGAGAACCAAUCUGGGUGCAACCCGAAGCGAGAUUUCCUGUUGAAAGAUAACUGCGUCGUCGCUAUGCUGCUCAUCGAGACGAAUUGUGACUUCUGGAUGCCCGAGGCGCCCGGGUCGUAUGGUGGGGGGUUUAUCACGAAUGCGGAGUGGGGCUGUUUGGAGUUUGGGAUUGUUCGUGAUACGAGAGAUUGA